AUGGCGGUUCCUAACGGCCGCGUGUUGAGGUCGACAAAGAAUGCUUCAACACCAACAGCCGCAAAGACCGAUGCAGAAACUGCACAUGUCAAAACUCGCUAUACGAAUUUGGUGGUCGAGUUGAUGGCAACAUGUCUCGAUUUGCUUACGAAAGUCAGCGCUGAAUCCAGUCCGUUUGCGACCAACACCCCGUCGGAUUCUCACAUUAGUGCAUUCAAGUCGGCAUUCAAAAACGUGGGGUUCAGCGAAGGCUACGCAGAGGAAAUCAUUGGCGGCGCCACGGUGCGAGUUAAGGCACACGAUGAGACACGGAAACGCAGAAGACGACUGAUCAUGUUCGAGAAGCAGGUGCGUCAGGUUGCCGACACGGUGAAGCGCAUGGCGAGCGAUGUUCCACAGCAAAUGCCUGCACAAACAUCUCCGGAUGGUCGAACAAGGCUGGGGGAUGGUGAUACUACAGGGAAUGCACCUGCAGAGGUUCAGCAGCUUCAACAUGACGAUGAAUUACUCUUCGCUGAGCUUCUGCGCCUGGUCAAUGAGAGCAGAAUCUGGAUCACCAGUGUGCCAAAAGCGAUGCAUAUCGACGAUGAAGGUUGCGGCGAGCCACUAUAUACAUCAGAGCAUUUAGACGAGCGGCCACCGCCCGGGCCCAAGGACACCACCAGCGGGCCCACCCACUCGACUAGCUGGUACGAUGGUCCGCCAUCAGCGCAGAUCAUCAUCGAGCCCAAAGCUAAACCGGCAACGCGCAGAGCAUUGGCGAGAAACGAUAAGGAUUCCCAGUCACAGCCUCCGACUCCUGAAGGAUUUGGUUGGGACGAUCUGCUUCCGGAAAUAGUGGAUUGA